UGCGUGAUGUAAACAAGAUAACGCGAUGUUUUUUUUAAAGAAUAAACAAAAAAGGAAUAAAUGAAAGAUGUUCGACUUUGCAUUACACAGCACCGGAAACGAGUGUCUGGUGUUACACUGUGUUAUGCCCCCCAGCCUGCCACCGGUUGGGUCAUUUCUCCAUUUCUCUGUUAACAUGGCCACUGCUGCGGUUUUUGCCAGAUUUCUCCUUCAGAAAUCAACCCAGGGCUUUCUGUUCUCCUCCAGAGCGGUGCCCGCUUUCUCGAGCCCAUUUUUGUCCCGAGCUCAUAGACUGGAACCCUCCGAUGACGAGUUGUACCAGCGCACCACAGUCUCUGUCAUGCAGAAGGAUGUAGACAAUGGGGUCCUCGUCCACAGCUACAGUUCUGCAGGAUUCAAUAUCGAUGGAAACAGGGUGUAUGGGCCUUGUGCCGUGCUGCCUCCUGCUAUCCUGCAGUGGAAGAUUGGAAGUUCGAAAGAUAUCACAGAAGAAAGUGUUUCACUCUUCCACAUGCUUGAACCAAAAAUAGAGAUUCUCGUGCUGGGCACAGGCGCACGACUGGAACGAAUCAACCCCUCGGUGCUCGCACUUCUGAAGAGUAAAGGCAUCUCUGUGGAGGUGCAGGACACGCCAAACGCGUGUGCAACCUUCAACUUCCUAAUGAGCGAGCGAAGAAUUGUAGCCGCAGGCCUGAUCCCUCCAUCACCCAGCACAGCACUUGAAGUCCUUGGGAACAACAACAACAUGUAGAAGGUGAUCACUACAAAUGGUCAGCAGUUCACUGAUGAUCUGCCUGUGCACAAAACUCCAGUAGUAACAAGCUCCAACACUUUAUUACAACACUUAUUUCCUUAUAGACAAAGUUAAGUGACUCUUUUACGCUUUUCCUGACAUUUAUAGUGUCGUACCAGAAGAUGUUCAUUUAAAACUUCUUUUUAAACUUUGUCUCUGGGUGAUGUCAGUGGGAGCUGAUACCUUUAAUGUGGUCAUCUAAGGCGCACACCUCUGGCUGUUCAAACCUGUUUGAAAGGAUCAGCCAGUCAGGAGAAGCUAGCUCAAGGGUGAGGAGCUAAAAUGCUAAAAGCUUAAUUCGUACAGCUGAGGGCUGCACAAAGGCCCAGUGUAACAUAACUAUCUGACAGUCUAUAAAUACAGAGCUGUAAACGAGCACAGUAGCAGCCACCUUCACCCAGUGAUCUCUGUGAGGUUUGUGUACCAGUGAAUGCUGAUUUUGGGUUUCCUGUCACACAUUUCAGCCAGCACAUAAAAAUGUCUCACAUCACCGUUGUAAUUCUGCUUAUAGCUGCUUAUAGCUCUGUGUGCAUGAGUUUAAAAGAAGACUCAAGUCAAGGAAUCCAGAAUUAGACUGUAAUAAAGUGUAAGCAUGUUCUUAUAUAUAAACACAAGUUUUGCUUGUAUAAAAAUAUAAAUGCUUUACCGCAGCAUAAGUCUAAUGUAUUUUUAUU